AUGAACCGUUGCCAGCUAGACACGUUGCUCUUGGAGCUUCCCUAUGAUGAUUUGGGAUUUGCACUACUGCAAUUUAAGGAGCAGCUCAAGCUGAACGAGGAGUCGCCGGCGUUUCUAGAGACUGUAUUCCCCCGUCUGGCUGAGGUACUUGAUAAGCUGGUGGUUCCAGGCCUGGAAAGCUACGUGAGUGACACCAGGAAAGACAUCCUCGAAAGCUCAUGCGACGUGAUUUGCUGGUUCUACAACACGUUCUACUCUCAUAGUCGCAGCGGAGGCACCGAGCUGAUCAGCCCUGAUCUUACUCUGGGGCUGCUUUCUUCUUUCUGGACCAGAAUCCCAAAUUUCCCGCAAACCCAGCCCGACGGAUUGGUGCUGGUUACCUCCACCAUUCAGAUAGUCCUCGAGACAAUUCCGCGCACUAGCUAUGACGACAUCUUUAGCUGGCUCAAGGACGCAGAGCCACCAAAACACUCUGAUGCCGCUGUGGACGAGUUUUUUUUCACUUGUGUGCGAUCAUUCACGGCAAGAGUAGUGCUCGAUGAGCUGGAAACAUUAACACAACGCGGUCGACGUUUCUCUGGGACGCCAAAAGAGCUUUUGAAUUCUGUUCUUGAAAUGUACGAGCGAUGGAGACCAGCGGACAGCACAGAAAGAGGAGAAUACCUUCUCGAUCGCGAGCUGAGCAUCCUCAAGAAAUCCGCCAGCUCGGAGCCAGCAACCGUCAUCCACGACUCGGAAUGCUCUCCAGUCACCGAUCCAAACUGCUACAAGUACUUUCUCCAACAGGAGAGAGCGAAAUAUGAGCUGCAAAAAAAUCCGGACUGGGUGCAGAUUUUUGAGAGUUGCAGAGACGUGGACUCUCCAAAAUCCAGUACUUGCUCCAGCUCUCUAAGUCCUGUUGUCUUCGAUGCGUCUGACUUCCAACGCUUCAAGGAACCUAAAUCGAGAUGCAACAUUUUCCGCAAAUUGUUUAGGGCCACAAAGCCCCUAUUCGUUUCCCGGAAGAUUGACCCAAACCCUCCGACUUCAGGUCAGCUGUCUACAUUCUCUACUAUGAGAUACAGGUUUCUAGACUGGUUUUGGAGCUUUUGGUAUCCAGUGGACGAGCACGAGGAGCAAAAGCUCCAGCUCCCAUAUUCUUUUCCCAAUUAA